GUGUGCUGUCGUUCACUAUCGCUGCGAGGAUUGCAUUUCAAGGACGCAUCUACGCUCACCCUCAUUCCGCAUUCCAUUCUUCCCUCUACUACAGGAUCAGAGUAGUGUGUGAGUGUGAAUCGUGAUAAAGUGAUCAUGGAGAGGAGAUUGGUGGCACCGUUGAGGAAGAAUCCCAGAACCACGUUAGAACGGAUCGAGAAGGCCAUCACGAAGAAUCUCUUCAAAGAUACCAAUCUCUAUGGCCGUCUCUAUCUGAAGACUAAGCCUGUCACCGAGUUGUACCACUGGUCACCGGAGGAGAGGAAGCAAUCAUGGUUGAAGAUCCCCAAGCCGUGGACGUGGGACUGCCCAUGGACUCCCGUGGAAAUCGGACAUUCCUUCGGCCCCACCUGGUCCACUCACUGGUUCAAGGUGGAUCAUGGAUGUCCUACCGUGGUGGUGGAGAUCCCGGAGGAAUGGAAGGGCGAGGAGGUGCAUCUGUGUUGGGAUUCCGGUUCCGAGGCUCUUCUCUUCUCAUCUGAAGGCUUUCCACUCCAGGGCCUCUCAAGCCAGCACCGGGACCGUAGGCACUACGUGAUGAGUAAGAAUCACGAUCCCUCGGCUGGAUACAGGCGAGAAUACUACAUCGAAAUGGCGUGCAAUGGGGACUUCGGGGCAGGGGCAUUCCAAAUCGGUCCGCCGGACGAGGAAAAGACGUAUCAGCUGAGGACGGUGGAGUUGAGGGUGUUCGACAACGUGGCUUUCGGUCUCAUGAUGGAUCUGGAAGUGAUGCACGACGUGGGGAGAUUCUGCUCCCCCGAUGACCCCUUCACCACCACGGCCGUCUACACUGGGAACCACAUUCUGAACCUUCUUGCCGCCGGCAAACAAUUUUCCAGGGGUGCUCUUGCCGGCUUUUGCAGAGAUGCCGUUGCGUUCGGGAAGGAGUUCUUCGCGCAGGAGAGUUCCGGAUCGGGCCACACUGCGAUUGGGAUCGGAAAUUGCCACAUCGACUCCGCCUGGCUCUGGCCAGUCCGAGAGACGAUCCGGAAAUGCGCCCGAUCCUGGUCCACCUCCAUCCGGCUCAUGGAGGAAUUCCCUCAUUACGUUUUCGCUUGCUCCCAGGCUCAGCAAUUGGAAUGGGUUCAAGACUACUACCCGAGUCUGUUCGAGGAGAUCCGCAAGUUCGCGGCGGAGGGGAGGUUCGUGCCCGUGGGGGGGGCCUGGGUGGAAAUGGAUGGGAAUAUCCCCUCGGGGGAGGCCUUCAUUCGACACUUCCUUCUUGGGCAGCGGUUCUUCCUCAAAGAAUUCGGCUUCAAGUGCCAAGAGUUCUGGCUCCCGGACACCUUCGGUUAUUCUGCUCAGAUCCCUCAGAUCCUCAAGCACGUGGGGUUGGAGUAUUUCCUCACGCAGAAGAUGUCUUGGAAUCUAGUGAACAAAUUCCCCCACAAUCACUUCGUUUGGGAAGGCCUAGAUGGCAGCACCGUAUUGGCCCAUUUCCCACCCAGCAACACCUACGUGGACGAGGUGAAAGUGGAGAACCUGGUGACUUUGAUGAAAGAAUUGAAGGACAAAGGCCGGACCCGACAGAGCGUGAUGCUGUACGGAUACGGAGACGGCGGGGGAGGACCGACCCGGACCAUGUUGGAAAGGGCGCAGCGGCUUCGACACCUUCCGGGAUUGCCCCGGGUGCAGCUCGGUGUUCCCAAGGUCUUUUGGGAGGGUCUGAAGGAGGAGGAGGCGAACCUCUGCCGGUGGGUCGGGGAACUCUACCUCGAGCUUCAUAACGGCACCUACACCACCCAGUUAAGAAAAGAGGCCGAGCUGAAGCGACUGAACCGUCGAUGCGAACGGAGCCUUCAAGACGUGGAAUUCCUUCUCACCCUCCUCAUUGCAAAAAAGAUGAUCGACGACGACACGCUCGCGAGGCUGAAAUCGGAGCUGGUUGGUGGAUGGAAGAAGGUGCUGCUGAAUCAGUUCCACGACAUCCUGCCCGGGAGCUCCAUCGAGAUGGUGAACGUGGAAGCGAGGCAGACUUUCCAGGAAGUCCUCAACUUGACCGGGAAUCUUCAACGGCACGCCCUGCAAAUCUUAGGAAAGAGAGGCCCGAGUGGAGUAGGUGAUACCUCUGCCAGUACUCUAUUCGUAAAUCCUCUGUCUUGGCAAGUUGAAAAAGUCUGUCGAAUCGGUGGGUACUUGCCCGAAGUGAAGGGGGACAUCCAAAAGAUCCCCGCAUCUGAGGAAGCCUUUGUCUUCGUUUCCUUGGAUCCCCUGUCGGUUCAGUCCGUCAACAAGUUCCUCUCUCCUUCUGCGCCUGUCACCAUUGGAAAGGUAGGGGGUUACUUCAGUUUGGAGAACUCAAACCUCCGUGCAAAGAUCGACCAAUACGGGCGUUUGAUCAGCCUGUGCGUGAAAAAGGCCAGUCCGGAGGAUGAGGAUAACGGGGACGGGGAUGCGGACUCGGAAUGGCGUGAAGCCGUGCCCCGGGGCCAAUACGCCAAUCAGCUCUGCCUCUUCCAGGACAUUCCUCUCUUCUGGGACGCUUGGGAUGUGAUGGACUAUCACCUCGAGACCCGAACCCCCCUCAAUGGUGGCUUUGGGGCAGAGAUGGGAACCCCGAAGGAAGUGGAGGGGAUGUCGGGUCCGCUGGUGGUGGCCGUGGAAUGGUCCAUGAAAGUGGGGGACAAGUCCCAGCUUCUUCAAAGGAUCUCCCUCUCUGCUGACUCUCCUUAUCUGGAAAUGGACACUACUGUCCACUGGUUCGAAUCUCACAAGAUGCUCAAGGUGGAGUUUCCGAUGAAUGUGUUGUGUCGGGAGGCGACAUACGACAUCCAGUUCGGGCAUUUGAGGAGACCCACGCACGCAAACACAUCGUGGGAUGCGGCCAAGUUUGAAGUUUGCGGCCACAAGUGGGGAGAGAUGGGAGAACAUGGGUUCGGGGUCGGGGUGUUGAACGACGGGAAGUACGGAUGGAAUGCAACGGGGAACAUCCUUUCCCUCUCUCUCCUUCGAUCUCCCAAGAGCCCCGACGCGAAUGCAGACAUGGGGACUCAUAAUUUCAGAUAUGCCAUCUUCCCUCAUCAUGGGACAUUCCAAGAAGCAGGUAUAAUCCAGAGAAGCUACGAAUUCAACAUGGACUGGACCUCUAGCCAAAUCUCGGGAUCUCUCAGUCACACCCUGGGCGAGGUGUCGCAUCCGGGAGUGAUCUUGGAGACGGCGAAACCGGCCGAGGACGGAAACAAGAGUUAUGUGCUUCGUCUGUACGAAGCGUUCGGGGCCCGAGUACAGAACGUCAGGGUGAAGUUGGUGGGGGACGUGAAGAGCGUGGCCCUGUGCUCAGGGCUGGAGGAGAAGAAACGCGAGCUCAUUCUUCUCCCAAACAAUUCCAUCCAACUGAGUUUCACCCCUUUCCAAAUCCACAGCCUCUUCGUCACCGUCGAUUGAAGCGUUUCCCUGCUCAUUCUUUUCUUUUUCGAUGUGCUUAAAGGUGCGACGAUGUGUGUGCCCCAUAGGAAGUUUCAAGAAUUGCUACAUUUUUGCUUCGUGUUUGCUUUAGUUCAUAAAGUGCAUGGAAUCUCAACGGAGUAUUUAGUUCGUAGUUCUGCCUGACCUGUAUAUCCUCAACGUGCUCCUCCCCUCGUAGGAGAGGAAGCAUGGAAUCGCAAGCGAUCCCAGAUUGGCCCUCUGCCUUCACCCACGAUGACGUACUAUCAAAGUACAGAGUACAGGUUUUAGAACAAUGGAG